AUGUUUAACAUGGCACAAAAACCCAACAUUGUUAUUGUGGGUGGAGGAGGCUGCGGAGCUCAGGUUGCACGCUUGCUUUCUACUAAGUUGAAGCCGGAGGAAUACAAUAUCUUACUCGUCACCGCCCGCCCAUACUAUACCCAUCUUCCCGCAUGGAUUCGGAUGUCUGUCACGUCUGAGGGUCACCUCGAGGAUCGCGCCCAUAUAACCUAUAACUACCUUUUCGUCAAUGGGAACGGACAAUUCGUCAUCGGAAAGGUCGUGUCCAUCACCACAGAGGAGGGAGACAAACCUGGCUUUGUGACCCUUGAAUCUGGAGAGACUGUCGACUAUUCCAUUCUCGUACUUACCCCUGGAAGCCUCUGGGAGGGUCCAUUGAAUAUUCCUGAUACAAAGAAGGAAACGGUGGACCAUCUUCAAUCCUGGAGGAAGAAGUUCAAGGAGUCAGAUGAUAUUGUUUUAGUGGGUGGUGGUGCUGUUGCACUAGAAUACGCCGGAGAGCUCAGGGACAUGUCUCCAACAAAACGCAUAACAAUUGUGCACGGCCAAGAACUUAUGCUUAAUGACGCAUACCCGAAAUAUUUUAGGAAGGAUGUGGCAAAGGACAUCAGCAAGCGCGACGUGGAGGUCAUACUCAACGACUGGGUCGAUGACAUGGAUAUUUCCGAAGCGGGUACCAUCAAAACGCGGAACGGGAGGAAGCUUGUCGCGGAUCUCGUUGUUCCCUGUCGUGGACCGAGUCCCAACACUAAGUUUGUUACUCUCGUGCCAGGUACACUCUCCGACGAAAAUCGCAUUAGGGUGUCAUCCACGCUUCAAGUCUUUAAAUACCCUCGUAUUUUCGCAGGAGGUGAUGCCAUUGAAUGGGACGAGCAGAAGCAAGUGGGGAAAUAUCACACCCAUGCCUCGAUCAUCGCAGCCAAUAUCGUUACUCUCCUCAAGAAAAAGCAGCCUGCCGCACUAUAUCAGGGAUCCUUCGAGAUGAUAUCGAUUUCCAAUGGCAAGAACUUGGGUUCUAGCUACUGGAGUAUCUUCUGGGGACCGACGUUCGGCGAUUUUGUAUCUUCGACAAUGAAGUCGAAAGACCUUUUCCUGACCUGGACACGCAAGAGUUUGGGUUUGUCGUCAUAA